GGUAGAGAGGAAGGGAAGUAAGAGCCGGGGAGCAGAAACUUCCUUGUUCACGCUCUCUGGUGCCUUGCUCUGCAGACUUCCUCUGGCCUCAGUCACUUCCUUCUGCACCGGGAGCGAGCAGCAGCAGCGAGCAGCAGCGGCGGCCGCCCCCAGCCGAGAAACACCCGGCUCAGCGCGCACCCCCCGCCGCCCCGAGAUAUGAGCCACGGUUGCUGAAGUGGAGCCCAGGGAACGUGAGCCGGGAUGCAGAGCAUAAAGUGCGUGGUGGUGGGUGAUGGGGCGGUGGGGAAGACCUGCCUCUUGAUCUGCUACACCACCAAUGCCUUCCCCAAGGAGUACAUCCCCACCGUCUUCGACAACUACAGCGCCCAGAACACAGUGGACGGCAGGACUAUUAACUUAAAUCUGUGGGACACGGCAGGCCAGGAGGAGUACGACCGGCUCCGGACGCUUUCCUACCCCCAGACUAACGUCUUCAUCAUCUGCUUCUCCAUAGCCAGCCCGUCCUCCUACGAGAACGUGAAACACAAGUGGUACCCGGAGGUCUGCCACCACUGCCCCAACGUGCCCAUCCUCCUCGUGGGGACGAAGAAGGAUCUGAGAAACAACCCCGACACCAUAAAGAAGCUAAAGGAGCAGAACCAGAUGCCCGUCACCACCCAGCAGGGGGUCAACCUCUCCAAGCAGAUCCACGCCGUCAAGUACAUGGAGUGCUCCGCCCUCAACCAGGAAGGCAUCAAGGAGGUCUUCACGGAGGCCGUGCGAGCUGUCCUCAACCCUGCCCCAGUGAAACCUAAAAAGCCCUGCAUCCUUUUGUGAAGAGGACUCCAGAAACCAAAGCGUGCAGCUGGGCUUGGUGGCCGCUUGGGGUGGGGGAGGGUGCCUUAGAACCCAGAGACGAUCCUGCCCUUGUCCCUCUGCUCCCAGUGAAGCUAGUAUGUACAGCCCUUCUCUCUCCAGAUGCUUCCCAGCUGUCUGACCCAGGACACGGCAAGGGACAUCCUGCCUCCAUUGUACCCAGCAUGCCCCAACCCCACUCCCCAAGCCUUGCAUCCUUCCAGUGAAGGUGCGAUUGGACAGCUGGAUGCCACGAAACCAAGGCUGUUCUCGAUAAUAAUAAACCACGUUUGCACUAAUACGUAGAUUGUCUUGGAUCACAUUUUUUGGGGGGAGGGGUAACCCUGAUACGUCAUUAGAUGGUUUCCCCUCCCCUUUGAUGUGACCCCAAGGUGUCCCUGGUCCCAUCAUGUUCUUGGGACCUGGGUACGUAGCUCACUUGGGGAUGAAUGGCUUCCACUUCUUGGUCAGCCAUUCAGAUGGCCACUAAAAUGAAAUCGCUGCACUGCAAACCCCUGUCCUGAGAAGCGAGUGCUCGGACGGCAUCUGCAACCACUUGCGCCACCUCCUUGGCCUUUGGUCCUCCAAACCCAUCAGUUACAGGGAUGGAAGGAAACCAGGAACCUUGCUCAGUGCUAAAACACGCCCGCCCUCCAGGAGCGGUGGCUGCUUUGGUUGUUUGAUGGGCCACUGAGCCAUCCUGCACAGCCGACAGAACUGGAGUAAUUGCUGAAUUACAGGUUGAAGUUCAUCAGCUGUCAAAGAAGCAAGUGCCUUGGGGUCCCUUUGUCACAUUGAAGACCUGCUAGUGUUUCCACGGGAUUGACUUUUGAUUUGCCGGGCGAAGGAAACUAUAGAAACUUUUUCUGAUUGUCUUCUCCUGGCUUCCUCAACAUUCCUUCUUCUCUGAGUCCCACACAGCCCUUCACUGAUAGAGACCACCUGGCCACACGGCCUGUUUGGAAAGGCUACCCCUGCAUGAAGAUGCAUUUGACAAAUCCCACCUGUUUACAAAGAGAAGGCAUUUGUGCUUACAGGGGGGGUGGGGCCUGUACUUCUGUUUUUUUUUCUAUGGAGUUUUUGUGUUCUGAGAUGGCCCCAUUUGCAGAGACACAUUUACAGAGCCGGAGGCUACGACCGCGCUGGCUACACACAUCCUCUUCCACGGCUAGAAUAAGGCGGCCUGCACCUCCCCACGCGGGUCACCUCUUUACAAAGAGCACCACGCUUUGCAGAGCACAGGUGCAUUUUGCUGCUUGCAUUGAGAUCAUGGACCGGUUCCUCCUCCCGCACCCAGCCACCUCUUUUAACAAGACCACGUGUCUUCUUCCUGGGGACCAGACCUGCCCAAACUGCUUCAGAAACUGCCUACUCUACUGGUCUCCUGCUUAAUGAGCUACAGCCUAGUCACCUAGUGUUUAUUUGAAACGGGCAGUGCUGUGAAGACCACGUGCCCAGCAGGGUGAUCUUGAAGACUUCAGUGAAGGCCUUCAGGGAAGUGUCUCUCCUCCUUCUUGUCCUGUUUCCCUCAGCUGCCCUUUGACUCCUGCUGCAUCACAGCACAGCUUGUCCCAACUGAAACCUCUGCACAGUACAGCCUGAAUCAUGGUGCUUGGUCCUGCCCUGCGGGCAGGGGACUGGACUAGAAGACCUUGCGAGGUCCCUUCCAGUCCUACCAUCCUAUGUUUCUAUGAUCAUCUCGCUGCUCCACGUUCUGAUUCAAGCUCAGCAUUCAGACCUGGCCCCUUGUUCCAGCAGAGGCAAAGAAUUGUCACCAAAUGUCGCUAAAAGGAAAAGAGCCUCAGGGGGGUUGGAAGGGGGUUCAGUUUCAUCCCACUGAUAUUAAAUGGCAUGGUAGCAAAAGG